AGAAAGUCUCAACUCAACAAAAAAACAAGCAAAGUAAGCAAAGCAAGCCUCUAUACUCCUUUCUUCCUUUCUUCAAAGCCUUGCUUUUCACUCUUCCAUAUAUAUCUAUCUAUCUUCUCUUCUCCAAUUUUCAUCCAAACCAAACCCCCCCUUUUUUUUCUCUCUCUCCCUUGAUUUUGGUACAAGGCACAAAACAAAGUACUCUUUCACCAAUCAAUGAAAAUCAACUUAAGGCUCCAAGAAACAGAAACCCCACCUUCCAUGAACAACUCCCCAAGAAGCAAUCUGAGCAACAACAACUGCACCAAUAAUAAUAGCAUUGGCAUCCAAAUCCCCACCACACCAAAAACCAUUCCCAGAUCUGACUCCACCACCAAUCCUUACCCCACCACCUUUGUUCAAGCUGACACUUCCACUUUCAAACAUGUUGUUCAGAUGCUCACUGGCUCAUCAGAAACCACAAAUCCUCAACAGCAACUACAAGAUCCAGUUCAACCACAAUCAUCAUCAUCCAAGAACUUCAACAUCCCUCCAAUGAAAACAACGCCAAAGAAGCAGCAAGGGUUCAAGCUCUAUGAGAGGAGGAACAACAACAACCAUCUCAAGAACACCCUCAUGAUCAACACCUUGGUCCCCAAUUUUGCACACAGCUCAGGAUUCUCCUCCUCCUCAUCAUCACCCUGCAACAAGCCAGAGAUCCUCUCUCCAAGCUUGCUUGACUUCCCUUCCCUCACUCUCAGCAGCCCAGUCACUCCUUUGAAUGAUGACCCUUUUGACAAGUCCUCCUCAUUACCUUCAUUGGGAAGCACUUCUUCAGAGGAAGAGAGAGCCAUAGCUGAAAAAGGGUUCUACUUGCAUCCCUCUCCCAUGUCUACUCCAAGAGACUUUGAGCCUCAGCUCUUGCCUUUGUUCCCUGUGACUUCACCUAGAGUUUCUGAGUCAACUACUUGAUGAAAUUCAAACCCGAACCGGAAAACAUAUUGGUUUGUAUCAUCAUCAGCAUCAAGCUAUGAUUUUAGAGAAUGAUUAUCAUUUGAUUUUCAAUUAAAAGUUAACAUAGCUUGCUCAAAUUGUAAACUUUGUUUCCUUCCAUGAAAAUGAAUAUGAUUCCCUCUUUUUCUUCCUUCCA